AUGCCCGCAUCGCUCGGAACGCUCCCGACGGAACUCCUGCGCCUCAUCAUCGAACUCGCCGUCCCGCCCGAAUCUCUCGUCUUCGCACAAGCCAAGCGUCGCCGCGAAGCUCUCGUUCCUCUCAGCCAUGUCAGUAAACGGUUCUGCAGCGUCGUGCGGCCUCUUCUUCGCCGUUUGGUCGUCAACACCGUCGUCGACUCGAAAUCGGCUCGGAACGCAAAGAAGGAACUGCGUGAACAGGCUGUCGCCAUGAUCUUCUGCACACGUCAGUGGGAGAAGCCAGAAUUCUCCGUCGCCUGGCACGAAAGGAUGAUUCUCGCCGAGAAGGAGUUUCCCGCCGUACUCGGUGCCCUGCCUUCCGUUCGGUACGCUUCAUUCGUUGGCGCAGCACAAGACAGCCACAGGACGCCUGUGUCGCUGGUACUCGGCAGCAACUCUCCUUACCUCAACCUUAAAGGUCUUCACUACCAGAACUGCACGACUCAAGUCACCGUCUCUACAAGCACCGGCCCUUACAGCUUGUCCAAUUGGCUCUGGACGGGGUCCUGCUGCACAUCAAAGCUUUUGCGGAGCUUCUCCAUCCGACGACCUUGCCGGCCUUGCGAUGGCUCCGCCUUGCCGGCUGCACCUCCAAGGCAGACAUCCUGGCAGACUUUGAUCGCCUUCCAGCUGGACGAAGUAACGGCACCGUCCAAGACCCGGGACGGCAUCUCGCUGCGCAAAGUCUACACUGAAUGCGCAGACAAGCUUCUCGUGAACGCCUGGGAUGCGCGCGGAUGGCCGUCGGAUCUGGUUCAAUUAUCUUCCGUCCCUUCAAGCCGCCUUCAUGCCGCACAGCGUCGGACAGAGACCGCAGAGCGUGUUCUAGAGAACGCCCGCAAGGACCCGCUUGAGGACUUUCUCCAAUGCAUGGCGAGGCGGAGCAUCGAGGUCGUUUGGGUGGACGAAGCCGAAUACACCUUCGUCCUUCCCGAAUUCGUACGCUACCUCGAAGCGAAGCAGCAUGCGUAG